AACACCACCGGGCACUGACGGUCUGACGCGAAAAUUUAUAUUUAUAUAUUAAAAAUAUUCCCGGCAAAAUUGAAAUUCGAACGCAAAUUCGAACGCUAGGUUCUUUAUAGUGCACAUUUUAUGCUUGGAGGUUUUUUAUGAUAUACGUGUUUUUUUAAUUUGAUUAUUUAAAAUUUACUAAUUGAUGUGUUUUAUUUAGUUUUGUUAAGUGAAAGUGUUUUUAGAUCUAAAAGUGAAAGGCGCUUCGAGUGAGUACAGUCCUCAAAGCCAGUUCUUGCUUUUAAUCGGAAACCAUUUUAUUCCGACCGGCCAGUUACAAUUCACGCUAUGUCCGAACACCAUAAAGAACCUUCAGUAUGUCGACGGUGAACCACGAUGAUACAUGGAUAUAUUUUCUAAACUAUGGAAAUGAUAGAACUAGCAAUAGAAACUUCCAUACAGAUAAAGUGUUAAAGAAAAGAAAAAAUGUUUUUAAUAUCACAAAAUGGCGGCCUAAAACAAGAUGGCGGGUGACUGGAAGGAUGUUAAUAUCGUUUAUGAUUUUGAACGUGAUUGGGGUGACUCAUGGAGAAAGUCUUACGAGUCGCGUUCUGGCUACCUUCCUUGGCUACCCCAGCUCGUGCAACAUCGGCACGGAAGUGCGACCUUGCACCUUGUCACUCACUUGCUGGCUUCGAGGUGGAAUCAGGGCGAAGGGAUGUGGUAGCGGCUGGCUGUUCUCUUGCUGUGUAGCAGCGGAAUCUUUGAGGAAUGACUUUGAUAAUACGAUACCAUCCGCAGAUUGGAGGUAUGAAUAUAAAGUUGUCCCGCCAAAGUUGCGUCAGGUACCACAACGGAAUGUGGUACCCACCAAUGUUUUCCGUCGAAGAGUUGAUGAUGAUACCAGUCAGGUGGACUGCGGCCUUCCAUCGACAAGAAUAUUACAGAAAAGAAUUAUAGGGGGCAGAGAAGCGAGGUUUGCGGAGUUUCCCUGGCAAGCUCAUGUCAGGAUAUCGGAGUUCCAGUGCGGUGGCGUAUUGAUAUCCCGAUGGUUUGUCGCGACAGCUGCUCAUUGUGUCUCUCGUGCUCGUCCUUUUGAUAUCGCAGUGUGGCUCGGAGCUCUGGACACGACCGCUGGCGCUCACACUGCUAAAAAACUUGGGGUUGCUCAGAAGAUUUUGCACCCACUAUUCCAAUUCCGCAUGACUCAACCAGAUAGAUAUGACAUUGCCCUCCUCAAGCUAUCACGACCCAUCACCUAUACGAGCCAUAUCUUGCCAAUAUGUUUGCCAGACAUGGAUCUAGAUUUACGAGGGAAGUCAGGAGUUAUAGCUGGAUGGGGGAAAACUGAUGCUAGUAAUGGUCAUACUGGCACAAACUUAUUGAGAUCUGCAACCGUUCCUAUUUUGAGUACUGAACAAUGUAUAAAUUGGCACCAAAGCAAGCAAAUCUUAGUCGAAAUCCACUCUGAGAUGAUUUGCGCUGGACAUUCCGAUGGACACCAGGAUGCUUGUUUGGGUGACUCUGGAGGUCCUCUCAUAGUCAUGGACAGCGGGAGGUAUUACUUAGUGGGGAUCACUUCAGCUGGUUUCGGCUGCGGUGUUGACCACCAGCCUGGUAUAUACCAUAAUGUGAAGAUUACCGCAAGUUGGAUUAAGGAAGUCAUCAGUCCAACUACAAAUUUUAUAGACUUUUGAUAUUUCGAACAAGUAACAU